AUGGCGUGCUAUCAGCUUCGACGUCCCUCACCUAUCCAAGUACUGGCAACACGUGCAAAGCGACAAGAGGCUGGUCUUGGUGCUGUCGGUCCUGGGAGCGAAGAGGAAGGCACAGAGGGCCUAGAGAGCCCUGAUUCACCUGGUAGUAGUCCGUCCACCACAGGGGCACCGUCUCCAGGUGACAGCUCGGACUCUGAUGAUGAUGAGCCACCGUCGCCAGAAGAGAGCAGUACAGCAACUAUCUCGAGUCAAGCCUCGCCCACAUCGACAUCAACAUCUAAUCCGUCUUCCUUAUCCUUCACUUCGAGCUCUCGCUCAACGUUCACUGCAUCAAGUCAGCUAUCGACUCAGACAGCAUCGAGCACAUUGAGUCAGACAUCGAGCACUUUAACGUCGACCCCUUCGCCAGCAUUCACACAGACAUCUACGUCGCGAGACAUUGGCGAUGUUGCACCACCACCACAAGUCACCAAUACGUCAACAGCGGCGGUCACUUCAGCACAGCCGACUCCUACUGCCUCUUCUGCCCCUCCCAUCUCUCAGAAUUCCACGUCCCCGCAAGUCUUUUCGAGCAAAAUUGCCCGACCAACACAACCCGCCACUACUACAACCUCGGUGUUACCGCCACCGCCUUUAGAUUCCACUGGUAAUCCAGUCUCCGAGAAUGAUCCUCCUCGACGAACAAGACCUGAGCCCACGUUGAUGAGCAAGGGUGCUGAGGCUGCCGCUAUCACUCUCAGUACCAUUGGCGCAAUCGCACUUGUCGUUGGAAUCCUGUUCUACUGCAAGCGGCGCAGACGCCGACGAAACGAGAAGCUCGAAGCCGAACUAGAGCGCGACGCAGCUAACUACGCCGCUCUCCGCGCCCCAGAAAUAGCGCACAUCACCAGCACCAUCGCGCCCUUCGCAAGCAGCGGCCCGCACAUGACCCAAUCCUCAGACCGCAGCAACACCCUCUUCGGCCCUGGCUCCUAUUCCCGCCCAGAAACGGUCUCGACUCGCGACGGCUCCCGUAUUCCCAUGCCCCAGCCCACACCAAACCCCUUCGCCGACCCUCCUCUCAACAAAGCAUACGACGUGCUCGCCGGCAGACCACGAUCAACCACUCUCACAGACCGCGGAAGCUGGAUCAAGAACCCGUUCAAAGACCCUGAAAGUGAGCGCUUUGAUCCGUUUGGUGAGCUGCAGGCCAAAGCGCGGCGCGAGCGCGUGAAGCAGGUGGAGCUUGCAAGGCGAGAGGCGGAGUUGGAGCGGCAGUUUGAGGAGAAGGAGAAGAUGGGGUUGAUCCUGCCGGAGAAGGCGAUGGAUAGGAAGGGGAGUGGGAUUACGUUGGAGGGAUUGGGAGUGUUGGAUCGGAGUGGUGGGGGAGCGUAUAGGUAG